ACUCGGCCAGCAAUGCUUCCGAUUAUAAACAACACGAACGUUUGAUUAUGACUUGCUUAUAUAGUUAUAAUGAUUUACACUAAUAAAUAUUCAUACAGAUGACAAGAAAUUAAACACAUCAAAACAGAGGGUUUCAGCCACUUUGUUAGCUGCAAGGUUUGGUUGCUGCAUUAACUUGUGACCUUCUCGCCACGUAGUAAGAAGUUGUUGUUAACAUGCCCAUUGACACGAUGAAGAGAAAAGACGACAAAGAUGACAAAUAUGAGAGCGAUGAAGAUGGAGAGGAGGCUGGAACAGCAGAUAGUGAGAAAAGUAGCGGCGAUGAGUCGACAUCUUCAGCUGAGACCGAUGUUGAUGAAGACUCCUCAGAUAUGGAUGAGGAGGAGUGUGACCAGCGCAGAACAGAAUGCCUCUAUGACAUGGUGGACUUAGAGAGACAGUUCAUUGAAUUGAGAGAGCAGUUGUGUCGGGAGCGUACACAGGAGGUGGAAGACAAGCUGGGUGAGGUGAAGGCAGGUCGUGCGGCGGAGUACCUACAGCCACUGUCACAGCUGCAGCAGAACAUGCAGAUACGUACACAGGUGGCUGGUAUCCUUAAAGAAUUAAAAGUUGAGGCUGUCAGAAAAGAAUACGACUGUGAGCUUCAGAGUGCAACACAGAGCUUCAAGAGCGACAAAAUGCUGCUCUAUGACCAAGUAAAGAGCGAACUGGAAGAGAAAAUAAGAAUGCUUGAAGAAGACAGAGACAGUAUUGAUAUAACCUCUGACAUUUGGAAUGAGCUACACUUUGGUUCUAAAAAGAAGAAGAAGAACUACAGUGACCCAAUGUGCCCGGAAAAACGCCGCAAGCCAAUCACCGUUACCGGGCCAUAUGUAGUGUACAUGUUGUCAGAUGGUGAUAUCCUGGAUGAUUGGACGACAGUAAAAAAGGCUAUGGGUGCACAAAAAAGAAAAGGGGAAUGUGAGUACAGUUCCUAUGUCUAUAUAUUGCAUGUAUUACAGUAAUUGGAUUGUAAAAUAUCACAGUGAGAAAAACUCAAACAACAAAAUUAAAAUAACCACAUGUUAAUUAUCGGAGCUAAUUACAUCAAGAUCAUGGUUCUAGGACAAACACCAGCCAG